UAGCCACGGUGUUUUGCAGCCCAUCAUCGGCCGAAAGACGUGUCAGGUUGCGAUUGUGCCGGCUUUAAACCCAACAAAACCUCAAACAAAUCCGCCUCUACGGAUUUCUACCCCGUUUGGAAGAUAAACCCACCACCCAGAGGCGACAAAACAUGUUGCUCGCUGGAAUAUUUUUCGCCCUUUUGGCGCUUAUCCGAGUCGACGCCAGCGUGAACGGCAUAAUCGACACCACCGGCAAAGACAAAAUGAAGUUAAUGUCUGCCUUUACAAGUGGUUUUGUAAAACUGCAGCCAGAUGACUUGGAUUCACUCUACUAUGCUACCAAAGGCUACACCAUGAUGAAAUCCACAUGGGUGAGGGUGUUUGAGUUGGAUGGCUGCCACCAUUUGAAAACCUACUACAAGGCUGAUACUGCACCAGAGGCACAGUUUCAUGCAUUGAAUGCUUAUGCCACCCUUAAAUGCGCUGGCAAGUUACAGACUGAUGCCACAAUCACAGCAUUGAAAGCAGCACUUGACAAGGGUGCAAGCACAGCCGACAUCCGCUUCGCAAUGGAGACCCUUCAAUACCUCAAACAAUCAAUCCCCAACCCCGCGAAAAUCGCCACAACAAUCCAAGCCAAACUCAAAGAAGACGACUCAUUAGUCAGUCUGGGCCACGCUCUACACGCCGCAGCAAUGCUGGGCACACACGGUAAAUUCAUCAACGAUCGCGUUGAAGACAUCGUCGUUCAAGCCGAUGAAGUGGACUCGAAAAUGCUACAAUUCGAAGGCGGUCUGAGCGUGACAAGUCUCCUCUUGACUGGUUUAUACUCCAUCCAGACAACUAAACCGUUCACACAGGAACAAGUCGAUAAAUUCGCCAAUUAUCUUUUGACUCGUCGCAGUGUGCAAACCGCCAAGGGAGCAGUCGCUUUACUAGAAGCAGCUGAGAGUUUAUCUAAAAACAAUCCACCUGUAUGCAUUACACUGGUUUCCAACACGCCAGUAUCUCUAGAUAAGCCCGAAUUGAAAAUCCGCAUUUCUGAUUUAAUGGGCAACCCACUCAAACCCCAACCUACGCCUGUAGUAGCCCAGAGUGCGACUCGUGUCACCGAUGACGUUGUUGUUUUAUCCAAACAACCCUUGAGUCCUGGAACAGUGUCAACCGAAUUUAUCCUACCGAUGAAAUUGGAGCCUGGACAAUACAAAGUCGCAUUAUCCGCUGGGCAACAUUCUGCUGUGUUGAUGACUCGGGUUGUAGGCCCGAUAAAAAUCGAAUCUAUUGAAUUAGGCGUUGAAGUAAUCGAUGGCAGUCAAGCUGCAAAGUUAUCCAUGAUACAAUACCCGCAAAAAAUGACCACACCGCUGCAGGCCGACUCAAAUCACAAUUUGGUCGCGAAGUUUGCGCUCCCACGUGCUGUACAUCAAGCGUUCCUGCGAUUGUACACCGAUAAGAAGGAGAUUAUUUUCAUCGGCGAGCGCGACGCGAGUAAAAUGUAUAAAAUUGUCGUUAAUCUCGGCAAUGAGCUCUCAUUCUCCGCAUUAUACAAAAUGGAAAUCAUUCUGGGCGAUGCCAUUAUGAGUAAUCCAAUCCGCUGGGAAAUUGGUAGCGUUGAUGUGAAACUCACCAACUCCGAAUCGCCGGUUGUAACACGCGGUGCAAAACCUGAAAUUGAGCAUAUGUUUAGGCAACCAGACAAACGCCCACCGCAAUUCGUCUCCAUGUUGUUCACGGCUCUCUGCGCAGCUCCUUUGUUAAUUUUAUUAAUCAUGUGGGGUUCAAUUGGUGCGCCAUUGAACAACUUCAAUUUCUAUUCCAUUCCGUUCCAUUUGGGCUUCACUGGAAUCAUGGCGCUGUACACUUACUUCUGGUUAUGGGGAAAUAUGUUCACGACGUGCGCGUGGCUCCUCUACAUCGGCGGAUUUACUUUCAUCGCUGGCAAUCGCAUGUUGAGGAAUAUUGCUUCAUCUGGAGCUAACACAAGCAGCAAAAAGUAACUAUGUUUGAACAAUUUGAUUGCAAAAAGUGCAAAUGGGAGAUGCGCAUUGAUUAAUUAAAUAUUUACGAGGUUUUUAUGCCCUUGGUAAAUAUUUUCUUAAUGUACACAUGAUAUAAUAUAAGCAUUUGGUUAGUGUGGAGUGAUACGACAGUUGUGUAACGUCCCAUUUUGUUUUCACAUCAAAUUGAUAUUGAUGAUUUACCAAACACAGCGACUGCGACUGAGACGGUGUUUAGUACUGCAUUUUUACAACAAAUACAUACAGUAAAUAAUUACUUCUAA